AUAUUUAAAAUCUCCACUCUUGAUUCCUCCUCUGCGUUGUUUAAAAGUGCUCCGAAGUGAUUCAAAUUGUCACAUUUCCCGUCAUUGUCAACACAUUUGAAAUUUUCAGUGUCUCUCUCGUCAAAAUUUUUGUGAAAAUGCCGGCAGACGCGGAACUAAAUUCGGUGCUAAUCAGGCGGCAAGAAAUCAACGAUGCUCUAGAUAACGGGCACGAAAUCAAAGUCAACUACAGGGUGGUCAAUGUUUACACCGAGUUUCACGAAUUUUCCAGGAAGGAGAUCAAGCAGUACGAAAGCACGUUCAAGAAAUUCAACACCAACAAAGACGGCUAUUUGAGCCUCAACGAACUCAAGCGCAUGAUGGAGGUCCUGGGGGCCCCCCAGACGCACGUGGGGCUCAAGGCAAUGAUCAAGGAAGUGGACGAAGACGACGACGGCCGCCUCUCCUUCAGAGAGUUCCUCCUGGUGUACCGCAAAGCCAGAGCUGGUGAACUCGACGAAGACUCCGGUUUGGCCCAAAUGGCCAAACUCACCGAAGUGGACGUCGAUAAAGUGGGGGUCAACGGCGCGAAGGAGUUUUUCGAAGCAAAAAUCCAGGAGUUGGCAAAGAGGAGCAAGUUCGAGAGCGAGAUUUUGGAGGAACAGGAGGAGAGGAAAAGAGCCGAGGAGGAAAAGAUCCUGAGGAGGCAACAGUUCCUGCAAAAGGCUGCCAUCUUUAAAUAGGGGUUUGACUGAAACGUGACGCAUUUUUUGUAAAUAUAAGUAUUAAGUAAGUGGCAAAUCUUAUUAACUUUUCUAGCUUUUGAAUUUGUGAUAGCCGUUUUUUAAUAAAACUAUUAACCGA